AUGGCAUCUGCAUCAUGCCCGCGUGUUCCAAUAUUGCUGGUUAUUCUCUUCUUCCUCAUGAUCAACAUCACUCCAUCUUUUACUCAAGACACCCAGCAGUUGAUUGAGCGUAUCUGCAGAUCAACGGAGCAGUACGGAUUUUGCACCCAAACCUUCAAAGAAAACCUGAAAUCCCCAGAUGCUGAUAUCGUCGCCCUCACCCAAAUAACCAUAGAGCGGUCCGUAGACAAUGCUACUCAAACACACAACUUCAUCAGGCAAACGAUUGAUAGCACAAACGACCCAGCAGUCAAAAGCGCUUUGGAAACAUGCGAGUAUAGUUACGGUUUAGUGAUGGAGGCAUUUGACUCGGCUGCCGUGGCGUUUUUCCAGAAGGAUUACGACACCGUAGAGAAGUCUGAGAGUGGGACGCCGAGAGCAGAAGCCAGCUGUGAAGACUCGCUGAGCAAGACGUCGCCAAAUACUGUGAACCCACUGACUGACAGAAAUAAUCAGAUGAGGAUUCUGAUUGCCAUGUCUUUGAAUGCUGUGCAUGAACUAAAGUCUACCCAGCACAACUAG